UAUACACUGCAUUUUCUGCAUAUUGUGUGUAGGAAUGGGAAGGGAUUUGUGUUGGUGUGUGUUUUGCACAUGUUUCUUGUGCUGUCUUUUCAUGGUUUUUAAUGCUGUUCUUGAAUGAAUCAAAGCCCUGGAUAACAGGUUGCAAGAAAGAUUUUGUGCGAAAUAGACUGAUUACAUAUUUGAUGGUGCUGUUGAUAUUGAUCAUACUCAUGAUGAUGAUGAAGGCUGUUCUCUUACAGACGUAUGCUGAGGAGACUCUGGCGAAGGCUGACGCUGCCCUGAGACAGAGGGAGGAGGAGCUACGGCGACUAGGGGCGGAGCAUCAAGCCCUAGGGGCAGAGUUAGCAGCUGUGAAGGAGGGUCUUUGCUCCAGCACAGAGAGAGCUGAGAAACUACUGGAGGAGGGACAGGUACGCUCUGUGUGUGUGUGUGCGCAUUUAAACUGAACAUGCAAAAUGGUUUUUCUACUGUACAUUUUAAAAGGACUGUAAAUGACACUGUUUUCUCUGAUUUGUUUCAUUCACCUGUCAAUCAGACCAAAGACCGGGCCCUGGCUGACCUGGAAACCAAUAACCAGCAUCUGAAGGCGGAGCUCCGGGGCCUACAGGAAGACCUAGCCGUGCAGGAAGAGGAGCUGGCCUAUCAGCAACGAGAACUGCUGCAGCUCAGACAGACCUGCAACCCGCACAACAGACAGACACACUCACUGAAGGGUGAGUACACAUUCAAGCUGCUACACAGACAAUGGUGUUUCUCUAAUGAGUGCAGAGCUGUUGGAUGACAGUGAUCAUCUUCCUCCUCCAGACGUCUCACCUCGAGGAUUCGAGGACGGUGUGUCUCGCAACGAGUCCCUGAGUUCCCCAGAGGUUCUCCGUCGACUGGACUGUUCUGAGGAGAGAACCAGAGAGGACCGGUUCCACCACUCUGUUUUACAUGGUUCUAGACUGUCUGACCUCAGUGCUUUAAACAGCACAGGCCUGGAGCUCCAGGCUAAAGCCUCCCCCAGGGGACGGCAAGACCAGCCCUGCCCAGGGACAAUCAGCCCAGAGCUGGGCACACACAGCACCCGCUCCCCUGGGUCCAUCUCUGCCUCGGACAACCUCUCCAUGUUGGACUCAAUGGACGCUGACAAGGUGGGUGGGAUGUUGGGAAAAGUGUCCAUACACACAUACACACAUACAGUACCAGUCAAAAGUUUGGACACACCUACUUGGUUACUACAUGAUUCCAUAUGUGUUAUUUCAUAGUUUUGAUGUCUUCACUAUUAUUCUACAAUGUAAAAAAUAGUUUAAAAAAAGAAAAAACCCUUGAAUGAGUAGGUGUGUCCAAACUUUUGACUGGUAGUAUCUGUUAAACCUCUCUCUCUCUCUGCUGUCAGGUGCAUGAGCUGGAAGCCCUGGACCUGACGGCCCCUCCCUCAUCUCUUGGCUCCGCCUCCUCUCUGUCCGCCCCGGAGUGGGCCAGUGACGGAUAUGGCCGCAGUAAGUCUGUUUGUCUGUCAUUUUGUUGGUCUGUCUGUCUGUGUUCAUGUGUCUAACUUCUCUCUCUCUGUCUCUGUCUCUGUCUGUGUAGAUGUCAGUUCAGAGCUCGGUGUAAGACUCAAGGUAGAGUUGGAGCAGACCGAGAGGCUGGACGCUCAGUUCUUGGAGUACCUGCAUUGUCGAGGCAUGAACCCCGCAACCAACACACACACCGACAACACACACACCGACAGCGCCGCCGGUAGUAUGAGCUACAGCGACGAACUGUUGUCUCCUGAACUGCAGGUAUGAACACACACAUACACACCUUAAAUGUUACAAAUGAACCCUAUACCAAACUGUGGGUGUGUUUCCAGGGUUUGUUGAAGAGAGUGUACCAGGAGAGCUGCAGGGUUCUCGCCCUCUCCCAGCGUAACGCCCCCUCCUCCUCUAACCACCUCUCAUUGGACCAGACGAUCUGUCAGUCAGACUCUAAAGCUCCUCCAAUGGGCUGGGAGCAGGAGAAGAGGGCGUUACAGGAAACUGUCAUCGCUCUGAGAGAACUGCUCUGUAGGAUGGCACAGAGACCGGUAAGGGGUGUGUGUGUGUGUGUGUGUGUGUGUGUGUGUGAGAUGUGUGCUUAACUUCUGCAUGUGUGCAUACUGACCCUCCUGUGUGUGUUUAACAGGAGAACACUCUGGAUGCUGGUUGGAGCAGAGGGCUGCAGGCUGCAGUAAGGGGUGUGCUUGACUGUGAGAGGGCGGGGCUUCGCGCUGAGCUGCAAGCCUUCCUCUCCUCCCGCCCUGAGAUAGACUCCACCCACCUCCUCCGUCAGCUGGAAACACUGCUACAGAGACAGGUGUGUGUUUGCACGAGCGUGUUUGGAGUGGUCUCCACUAAGGCACUCAUGUAUACUGUAAAAAAGCUUCAUUGUAUCUGCUUAGCUUAAUUGAAAGGGUAAAACAAAUAAAGCUAUCCUUCUCUCUCCCCUCCCUCGCUCUCCCUCAUCUCUCCAGGAGGAGCAGCAGCGUGUUGUGGUGGAGCGUCUGCUCUCUGCAGACAGACACGGUCUGCAGCUGCAGCUCUCCCAGGGGGAGGAGUCAUCUAAAGGGGAGGUGUUAUCCAGGCUGAGGGCGGAACUAGAGGAGAGCAGCGAACGACUUAACUCCUCCCACAGCACCCAGCAGGAACUACACAACGAGAUCCACAAACUCGGGUACACGCACGCACGCACGCGCACACACACACAUACAUACAUUCUCGUAUGCACACACACACAUAAAUAAAUACUGAUGUGUGUGUCCUCUCCCAGGCUGUGUAUAGAGGAGUGUGAGGAGGCUGUAAGGAGGGAGCAGACCAGAGUCCAGGAGCUACAGCAGGAGCUGGACCAGGAGAGAACUCACACACACCUCCGGGAGAAGGAGGAGGAGCAGCAGAGAUCAGAGGUCGUGACCCUGAGGGGUCAGCUGGACCAGGAGAGGACGACCUCCAGUAACCUCCGACAGGAACUCCAGAUAGAACUCUCCCGCGGCCACCUCCUCCAAUCACAGCUCGACACACGGCUAGCCGAUGCCCACAAGGAGCUCGAGGAGGAGUGCGCCCGUUCCGCCCGGCAACUUGACACUUUCCAGUCACAGGAAAAGAGUCGGCUGGAACACUUCCUGAAAGAGGCUGAGUCCCGCCUAGCCGACGCACACAUGAAGGAACUGGAGGAGGAACGCGAGCGCUCUGCCCGGCGUCUCGAUGACAUCACACGCAGACAGGAAGCGGAUGCGUCCCGAGACAGGAAGUUCAUCUCGGAGCUCCGCUUUCAGCUGGAGCAGGAGAGGAGGCAGGGGGAGGAGCUAGCCACCGUGACAGACGGGCUGAGGGCGGAACUUCUGCAGAACCGGAGGAGAGUAGAGGAGGAAGAGAGGAAGAGGAGUGAGGAGGCACAGAGAGAUCAGGAUGCUGCAGCCCGCCUCAGAGUUACUAUGGAGACACUCAAGGAGCAGAAGCAGGAGGCUAGUCGUGCAUUGGAGAUAGAGAGAGAGCGUUCUGGUCGCUUAGGGGCGGAGCUCAACGAGCUGAGGGAGAGGAUUCGAUUGGUCAAUGAGAAGGGGAAGAGAGCAGGAGGAACAGAGGGAGAGGGAGAGGAGGAAGGAGAGACAGGAGCAGACAGAGAGAGAGAGGCGACACGAGAGGACAAGCAACAAACUGGUGAGAUUUACACAACAUUUUGUCAUUGCCUGUCUGACUGGUAAUACAACAGUGUCUCAGCCACUUAUAUACCAUAUUUCUUAUUUACUCUCCUGUGUUCUUUCUCUCUCUCUCUCUCUCUCUCUUUCUCUUUCUCUCUGCAGUGUGAAUUGGAGUUAUUGCGGCAGCAGGACCAGCAGAGGAUGAGAGAUCUCCAGCAGACUCUGGCUGAGCUGGAGAGGGAGGAGAGAGAGAUGGCUACAGAGAGACUGUCCAACCGACACCAGUACAACUCCAGCCCACUCCAACCCAAGAACAGCACCUCGUCUGGGCCAGACCAGACCAGCCCAGCCCUAUACAACCACCAGGUACCAGAGCGCUGUUUAAAUGGCUGGUCAUAGCAACACUGGAGACAAGCUAGACGGCAGUUUUUUAAAUGUAUUUAUGCUGUUUUGGGGGAUUUGUGACUACAAUAAAUGAGUUUGAUAAGGACCGUGAUAACCAAUUUCUGUCUCUCCCUGCAGUCUUCCUCCUCUUCCUCGGCGCUGGUGGAGAGGUUGUUGAGGGAGAACUCUGACCUGUCGGCCCGUGUGAAGGAGCUGAGUCAGGAAAGGGUUAACCUGAAACACACCCUGUCCUGUCUGGAACGACAGCUACGACAGGCAGAGAUUGAAAACAGGCCCAGCACUGACCUCAGCAACAGCAAGGUGAGAUACACGCAAACGAACAAACUCACUCACGCACACACACUCAACCUCUGGGCAGAAAGUCCCCAUGGAUCCCCUGGUGUAAAGUCCCUUGUCUUGACUUCCCUUUAACCCUGUGUUUCUGUCGCUGGCCCCCUCUCUAGUUCCAGCGACUGUAUGAGCGCUACCUGCGGGCUGAGAGCUUUAGGAAGUCUCUGGUCUACCAGAAGCGCUACCUCCUGCUGCUGCUGGGGGGCUUCCAGGACUGUGAACAGGCAACCCUCUGUCUCAUCGCCCGGAUGGGGGCGCACCCCUCGCCGCCCCACGCCCACACACACUCUCCCCUCUCACGCUUCAGAGCUGCAGUACGAGCUGUCAUCGCCAUCUCACGGUGGGUUGGGUGUGAGGGUGUUGGGUUGGUCGUGUGUGGGUGGGUGUUCAAUGUUAAAGCUAUGGGUCUUUGUGUUAUGCAUGUUAACCCUUCCCUGUCCUUCUCCUCCAGACUGAAGUUCCUGACCAGGAAGUGGCAGAGAGUCAUCAGGAGAGGAGUUACGACAACUGUCACUGUCAACGGACAUAGCACAGGUGCGUAUGAGACAGACAGCCAGAGCUAUGAAGGUAGGAUUGCCAACGUCACACAGGUAAGGGACAUCGACAGCUCAGUGUAACCUUUCUAUUUCUCUCAGCUUCCAGAACUGAGGUUUUGAGGCAGCAGCAGCCACACAACUCCUCUCCACCCACUAGAGACAGCAGCCCUAACCAUAAGGGCGUGGCCUCACCUCUGGUCCCACCAAUGAAAUCACCCUUCAGGCUGCACAACCGGUACUGCUCCUUCCAUAGUAAACUCUAACGACAUACCUUGAUAUUUCAUUUCUAUCCUUUUCUACCUGUUCUCUCCUCUCCUCUUCUCUCUUAUUCUCCCCUCUCUUAUUCUCCCCUCUCUUCCUCUCCUCUUCCCCCUAGAGUGUAUUCCAACCCGGUCCUGUCCUCUGAGCGUGCUCCGUCCAGUGUUCUGUCCCAGGAUGCAGAGCGGUCUCUGACAGACUACAUCCACCACCUGGAGAACGUACAGCAACGCCUGGGGGCUGCACGGCCAGGUACACACACACACACUGGUUGCACAUACUGGUUGAGCACACACUCACUGAAUGAGAUGGGGGAGAUCAGAGGUGACAGGGAGAAAGAGGGGCUUUAGCUUGGUGAUGGCAUCGUACCACGGCAAGUCCACUAAUCCCCCGGGUUAGGGGACGGCAUUGUUACCAUGGACACACUUCCUCUCUGACAAACUGAUCAUUCAAUCUCACCACCUCCAAUCCCAUCUCCUGACCCAGUUAGCAGCGCUUACUUAGCCCCGCCUCCAAGUUCCCCUGAUAUGAUUGGCUAUCGGCAGCGGUGGCUGCAAGAGAACAGGACAUGGUUGUACCUCAGCUGUCUGUCCCCCAUCUACCUGUACGGCCCAGGUGAGGACCUAACUACAAGUACAAGAAUACACUGCUUCGUUAAUAUCUCCCCACAUCACCUUCACCGUACUGAACAAACUACAAGUACCAGGAUGUCUCAGGGUAGGGCACAAUUUGGUGUAAGCAGGCACGUGUGGAUAGUCACUACAUAGCCAUUCUGAAAUGGACAAUGGUCCAUUGAAUAGUUUUCUUCUGUACUGGGGGUGUUUUUCACAGGCACCUGAGUGUUCAUUUGUUUGUUUGUGAGAGAGAGAGAUUGUGUGUGUGUUGCUCUUUUAUCUGGUUCUGACACAUUGUUUUCUCUCUCCUCCAGACUCUCCAUCUCUUCUCUCCUACCACAAGAAGUCUGACCGCUGAAGGAAGGAAUGAAGCAAUGUAUGAAUGCCUCCUUUCAAUCCAACAUCCUUAUGAUCCAUCUUUGUGUUCAAAUAUACAAGGGAAUGUAUUUGUCUAUUAUCUGAUUUAGAACGUUAGAUUUUUUUAAAGACAUAAAUUAUUUUUUUAAGAUUCGUUUUUUUCUACACAGAUAUUUCUACUGUCGACCUCCGAGUUAUAAGAAGAACUCCUAAGAAAGUAUUAGAUCGCUAUUUUUCUACCUGAGUUUUAUACAAGUUUGUAUCUCUGAUUCUGUAUAUAUGUUCGCGGUUGUUAAUAUUUGUUAGUUUCACAUGUGGAUAAAUGUGUAACGUUUCGCACUGGAAUUCCGAGCUAUAGAUCAAAGCUGGUGAACAUGUUUUGUCAAUUUUUUUUUAUUUUUUUUAUAGAUCACCA